UUCCGCCGGGCCCGGCUCGCCGCAGCCGCGUCGCCACGUCCGCGGCCCCCGACCUCGCAAUGAACCCGCUUCUGGGGCCGGGCCGAGCCCCGGGGAGGACGGGGACCCCGCCGGGCUCCGGAGCCCCGCGGCGCGCGGGCGCGUGCGGGCCGCCCUAGAGGGCGCCUGGGGAGCUCCCCGCGGGGUCCCACCGGCCCGCCGCGCGGGGCCGAGGUUCAGCUCUCAUGUCUGCGGAGGCCCUGCCACUCAGCCCUGGCAUCCUGGCACAUGUCCACCUUGUCCGUGCCACCCACCCCUGAGGCGACGGCAGCAUGGCUUCUUCCGCACAGCAGUCCCCGCCUCAGGAGGAGACGGCUCUGACCGGCCAGGGGCAAAAGGGCAAGUCGCUGCCCGGCUGGGGCUCCGUGCUUGGCCCCCGAGGCGAGCAGCUCACAGAGGGCGACCCCGCCGAGAGGCUCAUCACCAUCACCAUCACCGACACCACCGUGCUCGAGUCGGCCCUGGGCGUGUGGGACUCGCGGGCACUGCUCUACCUCUCGCUGUGGUUCUGCCUCAGCUUUUGCACCCUCUUCCUCAACAAAUACAUCCUGUCCCUUCUGGAGGGCGAGCCCAGCAUGCUGGGUGCUGUGCAGAUGCUCUGUACCACCCUCAUUGGCUGUGUGAAGGUCUUUGUGCCCUGCUGCCUGUACCAGCACAAGGCCCGGCUCUCCUACCCUCCCAACUUCAUCACCACCAUGCUCUUCGUGGGCCUCAUGAGGUUUGCAACUGUGGUGCUGGGCUUGGUCAGCCUAAAAAAUGUGGCUGUCUCGUUCGCUGAGACCGUGAAGAGCUCCGCCCCUCUCUUCACCGUGAUCUUGUCACGGCUCAUCCUGGGGGAGUACACAGGGCUGCUGGUCAACCUCGCCCUCCUCCCAGUCAUGGGUGGACUGGCACUGUGCACGGCUACCGAGAUCAGCUUCAACGUCUUGGGCUUUGCAGCUGCCUUGUCCACCAACAUCAUGGACUGUUUGCAGAACGUUUUUUCAAAGAAGCUCCUCAGCGGAGACAAGUACCGGUUUUCGGCCCCGGAACUGCAGUUCUACACCAGCGCCGCGGCCAUGGCCUUGCUCGUCCCUGCCUGGAUCUUCCUCUUGGACGUGCCUGUCAUCGGGCGAAGCGGGAGGAGCUUCCACUACUCGCACGAUGUGCUGCUGCUGCUGCUGACGGAUGGCGUGCUCUUCCACCUGCAGAGUGUCUCGGCCUACGCCCUCAUGGGCAGGAUCUCCCCCGUGACCUUCAGCGUGGCCAGCACCGUGAAGCACGCCCUGUCCGUCUGGCUGAGCGUCAUUGUGUUUGGCAACCACGUCACUGGCCUGUCCGCCGUUGGGACCAUCCUGGUGACAAUAGGAGUCUUGCUUUACAACAAGGCCAGGCAGUUGCAGCAGGAGGCCAUGCAGGGCCCAGAGGACAGGACGGAGCCACUGGUGCCCAGGGACCCCCACGAGCCCCAGUGA